CAAAAAUAGUGUCGUAUUCAUCGGAAUUUACGUGCUGAGUAAUUUGACCCAGCAAAAUGUGAAUAAAACCAACCCCACGGGGGCUAGCUAGCUAGUCUUGUUUAUCUGCAUCAUCUUCGUUUCUUAUAAUCCUAUAAAUACUAUCAUUUCAUUAGAAGAAAAAGAAGAUAUAUAUUGAAUUAAUAAUCAUCUUUAUAGAAAAAGAUGGCUGCAUCUUCAAGAAUCACUCCUGCAUUAAUGUUGCAAAUUGGUCCUAAAAUCGGUGGACCUCCAUUUCGCAGUAGUGGUAUUCAUCGUCAAUGCAUUCGAGUAAGAGCAGCAGCUCAUGAGGGCUUCCGAGAUGAAGGAAGACGGUCCGGAAAACAGAUUGAUGAAGCAAAUUUGAGGCUGCUGAGGGAGAAGAUGGAAGUGAUUAAGGUGAAGGAGAGUUUGGAAAGAGUGAUUGAGGAUUAUGAACAUCGUCAGCUGCUAAAUGAAGCUGGAUGGAGUUAUAUUAAUGUCAAUGAUAACUACGAACCAUUUCAUGAUCGAGAGAAGAAGUAUUGGAAGCUGCAAUUGUCUGAAUUUAUGGAAGUUUUGAUGAUGGGUUUUGGGACGUUCGGAUUCACGGUGGCCAGUGGUACGCUUUGUCUCUGCCUUGCUUCCGUUUUGGUUCACUUCAUGAACCAAUGAGAUUUUGACGGCGUUCACAAGCAGGUUCCAUGCAUAUAAUUAGGUGUCUACCGCCGUAACUUGUAACUGAAAGCACCUGUUACCGACUCAGACACUUCUGCACCUUCUGCAUCUUAAAACAAAGCAAGGAAGGAAAUGUCAAUUUUUUCUUCUUCAGGGUUUCAACUUUCAGUAUCCCAGAAUUUUCUACAACGCCCGAAAACAAAUGUUUCAAGAUAAAUUAGCAUCCUCCGCGAAGUCUGUCACACAAAAAGUACAAACGCCCGAAUCCUGCCCUAAACUACUUCAUGAUGUUUCGACAAUCCUUUGAAAUGCAACCGUAGCAACACGAGUUCCUACCGAUCCUCCAAACAUGAAUGUCGGGUAGGUGCGAACAUGAUCAACGUAACGGAAGAGGGGCGUCAACCUGCUUGGUUCUUGCUCUCCACCAGCUUCAUUACCUUGGGAAGGAGAAUUCCUCCUUUGAUUAUAUGCGUCAACUUCUUCCAUCAGUUCAUCUUUUGUACUGUUACAAGAUGUAAUCACCUGCAAGAUUGAGAAAAAAUAUAUAUACUGAAGAUGGAUCUAGUAAACUCAAAUAGAAAUAUAGUUACAAAUGUACUCAGAAUUCAGCAGCAAAAUGUACGAUGGAUAUAUUCCUGAUGUGGUGAGUUUACACGAGCUAUAGGGAUUAAAAAAAAGAGAUUAUAGAUACAAAGAAAAUAUAGCUCACCAACAAUCCACCAGGAGCUACAAGCUUUGAAACCGAAUCCCAGUACAUAGCCCUGAAGAGAGAAAAUAGAAGUAAAUGACAUUGAUCAUGUUGCAGCUAUAUAGCAGGCCAAAGAAACAUCAACAGAGUAAAUACAAGAUGCACAUUUUCUAUCAGAGAUGUCAGAAUGUUCACAUCAAAUUGAAGUCAAGGUCAACAAUUCUUCUCCUACUAUUAUAUGGUCUACUUCUCUUCUCCACCAGGAGAAAAUGACCAGCAUAUUCUAACUCCAAUGAUCUUUUUUUUUUUUUUUUUGAUAAGAACUCCCAGUGACGCUCAGCAAUUUGUAGCAGGAGCAGUUAUGAUGUACAAGUCUGGGAUCUUGAGACUACAUACAGACCGUGAUAAACAGCAAUAGCAGAAGUAGAAAAUGAUGUCGCUACCUUUUAACAGUACCAUCAGGAUGUAGACCAAUAGCAUCUAAAGUUCCUUUAUCCAAAACAAGCUGAAACCUCUGCUCUAUUUUGGUUUCAAGAAUGUCAUCAACCUGUAUCAUAAUAUAGAGAGUUGGUUUCAGAAGUAUGCAUAUUACAGAAGCCAAAUGAACGUAGAUGAGAUAAAACAAGCUCGGAGUCAUGACUUAUAUACUCAAGGCUCACAAAUCAAGCUACAUCUUUGAUCCAAAAGAGUAACAAGUCGCUGUCCAUAAAAGCUACAUAUAUAUAUAUAUAUAUAUAUAUAUAUAUAUAUGAAUCACAGUACAGUGUCAUGUAAUGACAGCACCGAACCUAGGUGCAAAAACUAGCUGAGCAGACUUAAAAGUAGCCCUAUUAUACCUUCCAGACUGAAAAAACAAGCACAGCCUAGCAUAAUAUCAAUUUCACAUUCCUUAAGAUCAUCAACCCAGAAUGCAUUAACCUAUGUCUCCCUCAUUAUCGACAAAUUGGCAGCCCUAAUCAUAAGAAUGGAUUUCUGAUCUCAUCCUCAUACCAUAAGGAGGAUGCUUCCUCUUCCACCUUAUGUCAAUGUUUCCACAUAAUUCCCUCUCCUACACUUAGUAGGUUAUCAUAAAUGUAAAGAGAAGACAAAAAUCAUACAUACAAGUAAACAUUUGCAUUACUAAAUAGACACACAUAAAAAACAAGCUGCAGGCAUAGCAUUGAAAGGAAAGGACAGAGUACAUUUGUCCUAAACCUCAAAUUUUAUACCAUGAAUUUGAUAUAGGUGAGACCCUCACGAGCAACAAGGCUUCGAGCAAGGUCUAUGGCUCCUUCACUGUAAUCAGUUCCAGUGAGAUCAGAGAACCUGAAACCAGAAACACGUACACAUUAUGGACUUAGAACAAGCUCAAGGGAAAAGAAAUAAACACACAGGCAUACACAACAUCUCUACUGACAAAAAAUAUAUCAUGCUCAGAAUCUUCAUAUGGCAAAAGUAGAAAAUAACAGGCCCUUUUUUACUCCAACUUGUACUAAGUGAUACCCAUCAAACAUACAUGUCAACUGAAUCCCUGAUUCUGUUCUUUUUACAUGAUAUAAUUUCAGAUGUAAUAAAUGAGAGAGUUCAAAUGAUUUAAUGGACGUCAAUUUAAUACCAGCUGAUAAUUUAACUUCCCUUUGUAGUAUUCAUGAUGCACACACAAAUGCGAGAGAGAGAGAGAGAGAGAGAGAGAGAGAGAGAGAGAGGGAGGGGACGGAGGGAGAGAGGGAGGGAGAGAGAGAGAGAGAGAGAGAGAGAUAGACCCUGACGCCUCCAAAAGUAGGACAAAUGACAUAAAUGAAAUACCUUUAAGAAACACAUUCAAAGAGAAAUUUGGAAAAGAGUAUCACAUUUUCUUUUGACAACUUGCGGCUUUUCAGUAGUGUGUUUUGGAUCAUCCUUUGUCAAUUAAACCAAACAGAUUGCCAGUUGCAGCUGAGCUAAAACUAAAUCUUCUGGACAGAACAAAAAACCUAACCCAGGUUUUCCAGUUUCGGAUCCUAAUGCUUUCUGAUUUAUGUUAAUGGUCCAAUAAAGAGCUUGUAUGAGUGAAAGCUUGGGAAUAUCAAGCCGACUUAUUACAUUGACAGAAAUUUGGUACAUAAAAUCCUAGAUAUAUAUGUCUACAUUUUUAUAAAGAUGAGGUCCAGAAGUAGUAGCACAAGAGCGGGGCAACAGAAAACUAUAAAUUUUUUGAGAAGUCUUUUAUUACCCUUGCAUCCAAUUUGAUUCUAAGUAGGCUUUUAGGUAAGUUGAUCAAAUUAAACUUCCCUUGAUAAAACAUCCAGAUUAAAGCCACCUCAUACUUGUCGCAAGUUACACGUGCAAAUUGAAAACCCAGAGUAUACCAAUUAAAUGCACAGAAUAUACGCAGGCGAAAAGCGCAAUGGCAACUAACUCAUAAAUGCACAGAGAUUCUCAUAAAGUUCUCCAGCAAUAAGAGUAAGCAUGUACAGUCAGAUUGGAUGUCCUUUGGUAGAAAGAAAGCUAACAAAUCUUUUCCUAGGUAUCAGUUCCUAGGAGAUCUUACAGCUAAAAUGCCAUAUUGAGUCAUGGUAAUUUCAUAUCUGUUAAAUAUAUAAUAUCUACAGCACCAAAUGCGCUGAAUUAUUCAAUAAUAAAUUGUUUCUCUGGUGAAGGGGCAAAAUGAGUAAUUUCCUUUCAAUCGUGAAAGGCCAAAGGUACCCUCAUUCCUAAAAAGUCUCGGAAUUAAGAAGAUCAUUCAUCAUUUAUUUAUUUCCCAAAGUUACGUACACGAAAAAAAGAAGCAACAGCAGAAGUGGCAACUACACAAGCAGAAUCAUCUGAAACAUUGGCCACAGGGGAGAAACCAUAACCAUAAUCAAAAGUUAAAAGUAUUCGGGGUUGAGUUAAGAUAUUUAUUCAGAUAGAAGAUACAAAAAUAUCAGUCAUUUGAAGAGAGGUGACAAACUUUGCAAGCAAGUAACGUAACUUCCUUUCCAAAAAAAGUAAGGUAACUUAAUAAACUCUGCCCCUUUUGUAUUCAUCAAAGAAAAAGUCAAAAGCUGAAAAUUUUGAAGUUGGACACCUGGAACUGGGAGCAGUUUUGUUCAGCAAUUAGUUCGCCGUGGACAUAAUUCAGAGAAGACAAAUAAAGAUUACCCUUGUUUAGCAAGCUCUUGCAGAAGCAAUCCAUUGCCAGUCCCAAUGUCAAGCACGGACCAAUUAGAAAA